AUGGAAGAUGCUCCUGAGCAAGCGAGCGAUGAAGACACCUUCCUUCAGUGGAAGAGAGUUGGCACAGACAUCGCGUAUCAUAGCAACCACGUAUGCCGAUGCUCCGAGCCGGCGACACAGCGGAAUGACCGGCUCCUGUCCACGGCUAAAACCUUCUACACGCUGUCGUUUUCCGUUACGUUUCCGAACGCUGGUGAUAUCUGCUACCUGGCGUACCACUAUCCGUACACCUACACACGACUGCAGAGGGUCUUGUCCAGCCUGCACGUGGAUGAAGAGGAUGUAUAUUUACGUCGCCAGUUAUUGUGCAAGACACUCACCGGAAACGAUUGCCAUCUACUGACAAUCGGAUCACCAGAUUUAGCUGCCACCGAGGACUCGAAUCCCAAUCCAGAGAAGAAUGAGGUGUCAGCUACCAACCACAGCGGCAAACAGUACAUCGUCAUCUCUAGCCGUGUUCACUCCGGAGAGAGCAACAGUAGCUGGGUGAUGGAAGGUAUCUUGCAGUUCCUAGUGAGUGCACAUCCGCUGGCGGUGAAGCUGCGCGAACGCUACAUCUUCAAAGUUGUGCCUAUGCUAAACCCGGACGGCGUUGUGAAUGGGCACCACCGGUGCAGCCUGUCCGGCAAUGAUCUGAACCGCCAGUGGAUCACACCGUGUCCAGUGCGCCACCCGACGAUCUACCACACCAAGUGCCUGCUACAGUACCUUUUCGCUACGGGCAACAAUGCCAGGCUAUUCUGUGACCUUCACGGGCACUCCCGUCGCAAGAACAUCUUCACCUUUGGCUGUCUCGACCACCUAGAUCAACUGGACAGACGGGAGGAGGAGGUCUUUCCCAACCUGCUGGCGUCCGUAGCGCCCGCGUUUGCGCGGAAAAACUGCACGUUUGAUGUGGAUAAAUCCAAGGAGGCCACCGCACGUGUUGUAGGAUGGCGAGAGCUGGGCAUUGUGGCGUGCUACACUAUGGAGAGUACGUAUUGUGGUGCUGACCAGGGACAGUACAAGGGCUUGCAGUUCUCGCCGUACCACCUGAAAGAGAUGGGCGAAGCUUUCUGCCAGGCGUUGCUCUUGCUCGACCAUCCCGGUGGCCGUGCGUCCGCAUUGCGGGCCGAUGACGUUCUGGCCAGUGCACGGCGUGUGCCUCCGGCGACGUUUGCCACUCCGGAGAGCGACGAAGAGGAACCGGAGCGGAAGGCAGCUGGAAGAAAGCUCAACAAGAAGGCUGGAGCGAAAGGCAUCAGCAGCAAAAACCGAGCAAAGCGUGGAGAUGAUGAUGAUGAGGAGGAGGAGGAAGACGAGGAAGAGCAGCAAGCGCAGGCAUGUGCAGCUAGCAGCGAUGUCGAUGAGGCGAGCUAUGAAGCGGACGAUGUCGACGGCGAAUUUGGCGCUGGUGACGAUCUCGAUGAUUUCGAUGAUGCUCUUGAUGAGGAAGAUGAUGACGAUGCUUUGCAGGAUGGUAGCGAUGAAGAGGAGGUCUGAGUGUGAACUAAGCAAACGGUCGCGUUCAACAUUGUACGGCAAAAGCUCCACUGAUCAGAAUUCAGUGCGGCAAGAGGAACUGACUAGUAAGCUAUGGUAGAAAUGUGUAGUGGCGAUGUGGGGGUGAUUGUACAUUGAGAGAUUGUCUGGACAUUUUUGCAUGGUAACGUUAUUAUAUACUCACACCGAUCAAGCAGUCUACAAGACACUCGCUGUCAUUACAAAUGUAGUUUUUCCGUUUGGUACAAGUACAUGUAAAUUAUCCACCCAGUCUUUUUUUUUUACCGAUGGAAACUCCAUAACUGCAUCGUCAUGUUUAUCUAUUUGCCGCUGCUUGAAGCGUGUCUUAUCUUUAUUCCACAAAUUGUCAAGUACAGCAGUGCCCUAACUUUAAGGUGCAAACCGAUCAAACCUAUUUCUAUUUAUCAUGGAUUUACCAUGGUUUUAUUGCUUGUUUCUCUUCUAAUGCCAGUCUUGGUGUGAUGAACAUCGACCCUACCCGCCGGUUGUCUUAUUUUGUCUUCAAGUGAUUCCCCACUUUCUGAAGUGAUUUCCCCACUUUCUGAAGUCAUUUCUAUUCAAUUUAUACUGUAUAUUCCCGACUUGCCCAGAUGGCACUGGCGGAAGUUUUGACGGCCAUAUCAUGGUUUUUUUUUGGUGUUGUAAUAUCAUGAAUACAGGAAUGCUGUGCUUGCAGUAGCGUCUCUGGCAGGUAUCUAUUAUCAAAGUAGCAGGCUGUCGGUGUAGUAGUGUGCUGGUCUACAAUGUAGUUGUAGUUCUUAUGUUCUGUGACCUGAUCUCCACGUUCUCCAGCUGCCCACAAACUAACUCAGUGUUGUGUCUUGCUUCUACA